AUGUCAUUCAGUACACCAUUUUCCAGCUUUUUCGACGCUAUUAACAACGAAGUUGACGCUUUUAACAGGCUGCUAGACAGCUCAGGUUACAGAUCGUACCAACCCAGACGUCAGCAAUUGGAGGCAGGCGAGCAGGACAAAUCUGCUGGCAAACAGGUUACUAGAAAGGGCGACUCUUCCAGAGAUGUCUACAGCCCAAGACAUCUGAACGACUGGUUUGACAACGACUGGUCUUUGUUGCCCAGAACUUUUGCAGCCUCGAGCAUAACCCCUCCAGUCGACAUUUUGGAUCAUGACAAAAACUACGAGAUCAAGGUCAGUGUUCCUGGCGUGAAGGAUAAGAAAGAUAUCAACCUGGAAUACCACAAGGAGAGAGAUCAAAUUGUGGUUAGCGGUGAAAUUUCCUCCUCUGUGACCUCUGAGAACCAGGAAAAGGUUAAGGUGCAAGAGCGUGCUUUUGGUAAGUUCAAGAGAGUCAUCAGCUUGCCUGAAUACCCACGCAUUGACGCCGACAACAUCAAGGCCGACUAUGCAAGCGGUAUCUUGACUUUGACUGUUCCUAAGCUGGAGCCAUCGAAGGACGAGAAGGGAGCGGUUCGCAAAAUCGACAUUGGUUCCUGGAGCUCUUAG